AUGCGCAAAGUGGCAGGCAUGCACCUGCCCUCGUGGGGAUGGGCGAUUGUAGCACUUGUCCUAUCCAUCCUGCUGCACUUGUCCUGGGCAUCUCCUGGCGAUGUUCUCGUUACGUUCCACAGGCAUCAGGGAACGGAAACUGAUGGCGGUUGCUCAUGGGAGCUGUUGCUCUGCGCGGCAAUCGUCAGGGACUUGUCGUCCAGCCAUGGCAAGGUCUUGCUGGAGAUGACCGAAGAGGAGAUGCCAUCCUUCGAUCGUCUCUUCGGAGAUCUGCACAACGUCCGACCGUUGCUCCCUCAAGAUCUUCCUGCAGCAUCUUCGCAGUCUCUCGAGCAGGAGUUGGUCGUUCCCAGCAUCCGGUUUGAUGGCUCCUCUCUCAAACUCCUCGGCCCAGGGACGUCGCGAGCCCUCAGCAUGAGCUGCACAGACGCACUCUACCUCGAGCUGGGGAGGGACCCCAGCGAGCGCUGGUCAAGAUGGCACUUCAAUCGGCGAGAGGAGGAUGAGCGGAGCGUGCGGGACUUGUUUGGGAUCCGGCCAGGUGAACGUUACAUAGUGUCCUCGUCAUCCUCGAGAUUCUCCCCUUGCCGGGAGGGAAAUCUGACUCUAGGGAACGCUCGCUGCCUUGACGUGACGCCCUUCCUGUCCUCGUUGGUUUCGAUCUUGGACAUGGCUCUCCUGAUUGAACACGCGGAGGAGCUCCAUCUUGCCUAUGGCCCGCUGGCACUCUUUGCCGACCAUCUCGACUUGUCGCAACUAGCGAAGCGAGUGGUUUACAUGUUUGGACUUGACAAGCAUGUCAUGAGAGACUUCAAGAGCGAUUGGAUCUUCGCGGAUCAUCAAACAACAGUUGCCAGCAACCAUCUUGUGGAGUUCUCCGAGAUCGAAUGCAUCUUGUCGGGCCCCGGGAGGACCUGGAAGUGUGAUGUUCGGUUCGCUGUCGAGCCAUGGCUGACAGGAGAUGAUUCCAGCCGGCUGACGAUUCGAGCAUUUGGGGGACCAAGAGAGCUGACGCGUGCGGAUCUCGUCCGGGGUGAGACGAAGAACAAGGAAUCUGGAGAAGGAUGUUCGUUCCUUGUCAACAGUCAACGUUGGCAAGGGUGUGUGGUCGACAUGGUGGUCACUCUGCAUGAUCAUCUAAUCAGCCAUGACGUCGAGCUCCUGAUCUUUGGGACAGUGGGGAUGAAGCGGGAGCAGAAGCUGGUCUUGUCAAGGAAACUUCUAGUGAUUGAUGAGGACGACAAAGGGGGUUCGAUGGAGGAGAACACAAAUGUAGUCGUCUUCUCUUCUUGCUUGCAAGGUGAGGAGUGCAGAGAGGGAUUCAUGCGCUUGUUCCCUCACCUGGAGGGUGUGACGCGGAUCGACUGGGUAAUUCCACAGCAAGUCAGGGAGGAGGACUUCCACGAUUGUUCUCGAAGCGUGCAGAACAUGUCAAGCGUCAACGUGGUCAGAUUGCAAAGUGUGUUCGACUUCUGGACGGGGUAUGUAAUCAUGAUGGAUGAUCGCCUGUCGUACCCUGCCGGUUACGUUGGGAGGAUGAAGUCGUUGAUUGACAAAUUUGACAAGCGCGCAAUGAUCGGGCUGGAGGGCCUGAGUUUGAAUCAGCCUCUCCACGGCCGCAGGAGAGCUAUAGAUCGCGAUGAAGUAGAUUUGUUGAGGAUCGGGACCACCGGGUUUCACACCAGCGUCUGCUACCGUGACCUGAUUUUCAAGUUGACGACUGUUCGACAUCUCUUCAACAGCGUGGAUGAUGUGCAGGUGAUGUUUGCAUGGACAAGCCAUGUCAGUGGAGUCCCUCGAAUCGUGAUCGACGAGAUUAAAAUGCCAUCGCAUUCCCCUUUCUCUCUGGAGAGGAACGAUCUCUUCUGGACGGUCUCGAAGGACUUCCUGCCCAGGUCUCGUCUGCCUCUGGUCUUGGACGGUGAGGACGAGGGCUGGAGACUUGAACCGGAUCGAUGGCGUACAUGGUUGCACGAGACUCUCAACAACUCAGCAGCCUCCAUGAUGAGACUGAACUUCCCAUCGCUGCGGGAGGUUUCCGCCGCCAGUGCGCAAGGAGGGGGAGAGGAAGAGUCCAUCGACCUCGGUUCGAUACCGGUCGUCGUCAUGAACCAGAGGCACGACAGUCUCCGCCUCCAGCACGUCCAGCAGACCCUCCGGCGCAUCGGCUUCAAGAACCUCUCGAUACCCCCCACUAUCAGUUGGAAGGAGGUGAAUCUCGAAUCGCUGGUAGGAAGCGGCAAAGUAUCCGCCAACCUGCUCCUGCGGCUGGACUGGUACAAGGAUGGUGAUCAAGAAGCUAAGAUGAAGUACCUGGCAAACGCACAUGAGCAAGUCCGUAUCAUCAAGGACGCUGCGGAGGGAGAAUACCCUCUCCUCAUCUUCGAGGACGAUGUUCUCCCGAUUGCCCAAGACUUGCGGCAGGUCAGCGUCAGGCUCGCGGAGGUUCUGUCCCAGUCUCCUCCGUCUUCCGACAUGAUCUACCUGGAGUUCUGCUACGAGACCUGCGCCAACGUCACCUACUCGCAUGCUCACCCUCUCCUUGCCCGAGCAUUCGCUCCCUCCUGCUCCGCUGCCAUCUUCUACAGCGUCAAAGGGGCCAAGAAGAUCUCCCAGCUCUGCAUGCCCGUCUUUGACGUCAUCGACAGGAUGUAUCAGUUCCUCAUCCAGACUCGCCUCCUGGAAGCUUACAUCUCCCUCCCCCCCAUCUUUGUGCAGGACAGGUUCUGGAGGUCCAACGUGAAGAAGAACGCGGGCUCCUCCCUCCAUGCCCCUCUACAGCCUCCCUGCGGAGGAUUCGAUGCAGCCCGGGUCUUCCGGGAAGUAGAGCUCAGGCAGGAGGGCCUCCUGCUCUCUCCUUCUGCUGCUGCCAGCGUCGCUCGUUCAGGGCAGCCUCCUGCUGGCUGCCAGCCCUCAGCGAGCGGUUGGAGCACUGCUAGUGUUCGCUAUAUCUUCUUCGCCGAGCCGCUCGAGCUCGAGCAGGAGAUGUCGCUUGCUCACAGCAUCCUUGUGUACUCCGACGAGGAGGACGGGACACUGGACGUCUUUCUUGGCACGAUCGUCCCCGGGCAGCAGAACUUCAUGCUCUUUGCUGAGGAAGCCAGCAGCUGCUUUGCUAGGAGCAGCCACUGGAGUUGCGUUCUUCGCCUGAUUGCGAGAGGAGAUGGCUACGUCUCGACCCAUCAGAGGACGCGAGUGUUCCUGCGAGCCUGCUCGUAG